CAACACGGAAGUGACGCGGGGUGCUCAAAAGAGUUAAGCAAAGCAUCUGGGAACAAAACAUCAGCUAGCUCCAGCUUCAUUUAACAGCAGAGACACAGAAGACAGUGCGGGCGGACGGUCAAGACAUUCAACACAGCUGCACAGCCAACAUGAAUCCAGUCUACAGCCCUACACCCACGGGGGUCCCCUUCACCAACACCAAGGGUUUAGGCUAUCCAGCAGCCGGAUUCCCUGUCGGCUACGCAGCUGCCGCCCCCGCCUACUCCCCCGGUGUUUAUGCAGGAGCCAACCCGGCCUUUCAAAGCAGUAAGGAUGAAACCCACCUGAGACCUUUCCACCGUACGACCCUGUUCUACAGCGGGAACUGUCCAUAUUCUCCAGGUUACGCUCCUGGCACUCCCUUCAAAAUGUCCUGCUCUCCCAACACGGGGACGGUCCCACCGUACUCCUCCUCACCCAACCCGUACUCUGCUGCUGUGUACCCGGUCAGGAGCACCUACGCCCAACAGAACCCCUAUGCACAGGCGUUAAUACCGUCACAGCAGCAGGGCACCUACUACACGCAGCCGCUAUACGCUGCCCCGCCGCACGUCAUCCACCACACAACGGUGGUCCAGCCCAACGGGAUGCCUGCAGCGGUGUACGCCCCGCCCAUCCCUCCGGCCCGCCCCAACGGUGUUGCCAUGGGGAUGGUAGCCGGCACGACCAUGGCCAUGUCAGCUGGAACGCUGUUGACGACUCCGUCCGCCCCACACGCCGUCACCAUGCCCACAUACCGGACCCCCGGCACGGCCAGCUACAGCUACGUGCCCCCGCAGUGGUGAAAAAGCUCGCCACGUCAGCCGACGGUAGAUAUGCAUUCACACUCGACUUCAGUGUUUCCUGCUCUUGGUGGCGACCUGCCAAGCAGCGUCUGCAACCAGUUACUCUUCUUCCAGCAUAAUGUGAAUUAAAAACCCAACUAUGUAGAAAGAGGUGUAUUUGGAUAGGGAGGUGGAGGAAGAAUAGCUCCACCCCCCCUCUUUAACAGCAUAAGGCUGCAUUCCACCCCUCCUCUUCCUCCCUCCAGCGCCAGCACCUCCACAGCCUGCUGCAUAUCUCACAUAAAGCUGCAACGCCUCCAUGCAAACUUUCUUCUUCUUUGUUUAUUUUUUAUUUUUUUGUGGACUGGUUUUUAUAGCUUAAACUAAAGUGUUGGAAAGGGAGUUCGGACUUUCUUCUUCUUCUUUUUUUGUUUUAGGGGUUUUUCCUGUUGAAUGCAUGUGUGUAAUUAUAGAUAUAUGAAGUAACGCUAGCUCAACCUACCUGCUGUGAGAGAUGAAAUCAACACACGUCCAAAAGAAAUCACAAAUAUAAAAGGUAGACGUCAUUUGCCGUAACGCUAAAGCACCACAUUUUUAAAUGUGAAGAAGUAAAAGUAGACCUGCAUAACCGAGUUCAGACCAAACCAUUGUUUUCUUUGUAUUUAGAUCUGGGUUUUUUUUUGUUUUCCCGUCUUAUGGUCUAUGUAUUUUAGGAAAAAGAUGGGCGGUUGUGCCUCUUAUGGAUUCCCGCACCUCAUCAUUUCAGUUUUCUUUUUUCUUUGUUUUCUCCCGCCCUCUUAAACAUUUAUUUUUUUAUUUUAAAGCGUCCCGUGAAGCAGCUCCUCAUCAGAUGUUGGCGGUAAAACUGUCUAGAGGGAGGAAAGGAUUUCCUCCCAUCCAGGAAAAAAAAAAAAACUGAACGGAUGAGCUGAAAAAUCGGUUUUGUGUACGCCGUGUACU